AUGGCGCCUAGCAAUCUGCUAAGAAGCACGGCAAAAUCCGCAGGCAGAAUUACACCCACCUUCCCAGUACAAACCAGAUACGCCACCGCCAUCAACUCGAGACGAUCAAUCUGGGAUUUUCUUGGGGGCAACAAACCGCAGGAUCAAACCCCGAAGGAGGAAAAGCAGGUCGAGGCUGAUCAGGAGCAACAAAAAUCAUCGACAGAGACGCAGCGUCUGGAUACAGAAACCAGCACUACCACGACUACUACUACACAAUCCUCACCCAACAUAAUCGAACAAGUCCAAGAAGUCGAAGAAGAAAUCCUCUCCACUCCAUCACCCAACAAAACAGCAGAAGAACAAGCAUUCUGGCCCGCGGACCUCCCCCUGCCAUCUCUUCGCCAAUACCCUUACACCCUCAAUCGCGGCACCGUUACAUCCGUGGGCCUAAUGGACAAAACCGUGCGCGUAUCCUAUCAAACCCGUGAAUGGGAUCGAAAAGUACGCAAAUACUACCCCAAGACAGUCACCUAUCUCGUGCAUGAUCCACGCAAUUCGCUCCGUCAAGGGGACGUUAUUGAAUUCUCGUCGGGGGCGCCACGAGCACCGAGGGUGAGACAUGUGGUUGAGAGAAUUAUUUCGCCGUUUGGAGUUGCGGUGGAGGAUAGACCUGCUGUUUUGACGCGCGAAGAGAGAGAGGCGGAGAUGGUGAAUAAGAGGAUGGAGAAGUUGGUUCGAAAAGCGGGUAAGGUUGCUGCAGAGGAAGGAGUGGAUGUUGAGAAGGCUACUAGACGGGUUGUGGAGAGUAAGGAGCAUAUUGGUCGGAUUAGGGCUUUGGUUAUUGAGAGGGCUGCUGCUGAAGCUCAAACCAAUGCUUGA